AUGUCAACACCGAGUAAUAGAGAGAUACUCUCAGCCUACCGCCAGCUGUACAAGCACUGUCUUCGAGCCGUCCAGUAUUCUAAGCCUGCCCGCUACACCAUCCGCGACCGUCUCCGCCAUCAAUUCCGCUCCGGCCAUCCUGCUGACCUCGACCUGCGCCGAAUUGAAAACACUCUAGAAUUCCUCCGCGGCGCAGCUCGCGAGAAGGGCUUGGAGCACCAGAUCGUGAAGAAUCUCACUCAUGUCUGGUAUCAUGAGCCGAAGAUGGUGGAGUCGCGAACAAAAGGCGAGGAGGGCGAAGUCAGGAUCAAAAUAACAGCAUACGAUCCUUUCUAUCACACUAUAAGAAUGCUCAACGAGAGCAUGGGAACGUGCAUCCGAUGA